AAUGUACGCAAUAUCGUUUUAUAAAUGGUAGGGUAUAGUUGAAACUUAGUACGUUACUGUCCAUAGAAAGAUUACACUUGCGUAGUACAACGUAUUCGGUGACAGUAAACGGCAGGUUGCUUUUCUUGACGUCACGUGUUGAGUUCGGUUGGGGGGAUCUCGCUUUCUUUUCAUCUGUCAACAGUAUGGUUCCAUGAGUAGUCGUUUUGCUGCAUUCUAAUGGAAAACAGACGUAAUUUCUGUAAUUCAUCGAUUGAAUUAUCUAAAAAUAAUACUCCAAUGAAAGUUUACGACUGAAAAAUUGAUCGGCAUAACGUUGCCGUUCCAUACAAUACUUCUUAACCUGUAAAGUGUCGUGACAUAUACUGCACAGUUAGUGGAGUAUAACCUGAUUUUAAAUGCUAACAAAGUUGUGUAAACUUUAGUGAAAUCUUUUUAACACUUAAAUAAUAUUGUAUUAAAAAUGGCUGGCAAAUUGGAACAUCUUAGGAUUUAUUUUGUUACAUGGAAUGUGGCGACUAAGUAUCCUGAGGAGGAUUUACAUCAACUUCUUGAUCUUGGUCAAAAUAAUACAUCAAGAAAGUUACCAGAUUUAUAUUACGUUGGAUUGCAGGAAGUCAAAGCUCAACCACAAAACAUGGUAUUAGAUAUGUUCUUUGAAGAUCCAUGGACAAAAUCUUUUAGAGAAGUAUUAAAGAAAUAUGAUUAUGUGAAAAUACGUACACAGCGUUUACAGGGUCUUGUCUUAAAUCUCUUUUGCCUGAGAAAACAUAUUACACAUUUAAGAUUAAUUGAAGCUCAAUAUACAAGAACAGGGUUUGGUGGCAUGUGGGGCAAUAAAGGGGCAGUUAGUAUAAGAUUAAAUAUAUACGGGGUCAGUAUGUGUGUAGUAAAUACACAUUUGACACCACAUGAUCAUUUAUUGGCAGAUAGGAUUACAGAUUAUAAUACAAUACUCACUAACCACAGUUUUAGUAAUUCAGAUACUUCCAAAAUACUAUUUCAUGAUUAUGUAUUUUGGAUUGGUGACUUAAACUUUCGAUUAAAUGGAGCAGACCUAACUGCCACAGAUAUUGAUUUACUAGUUAAAAAGAAACAAUUAAAACCUCUGUUGGCAAGAGAUCAAUUAAAGGCAGUAAUGGAGACUGGUGAAGCUUUUGCUGAAUUACAUGAAAAUUCUAUUACAUUCCCGCCUACUUAUAAAUACGAAUUUUCGUCUCAAGAUUUUGAUCUCAAGCGGCGACCGUCAUGGACUGAUAGAAUUUUAUAUAAAGUAAAUGCGGAUGUUUAUAACGACGUUAAACUUAGCGCUACUCAGCAUAAUUAUAAGAGUCAUUUCAGCUACGUACAAUCAGACCAUAAACCAGUCACAGGAGAAUUUGAUAUUAUUAUCAGACCUACUGUAGAGGAUUAUGGAGUAGAAUUCCAACCUGUGACAGCAUGGUUUAUAGAUGAGGAAAAUUCAGUAUCGUACAAAUUAUUAGGAGAUGCUAGGCCUGCGAGCGGGGACUGGGUAGGACUUUUCCACAACGAAUUUUCCAGUUUAGACGAAUAUAUUGUAUAUGAAUAUGUAGGUCAAGCCCUCACAGAGCGAAUUUAUUUCAACGACACUGCUCUUCGUUCACCAGGGAUGUAUCGAUUGGUUUAUGUUGCUCAACGAGGGAAUAAUAUAGGAAUUUUAGGUGUUAGUCCUCCGUUUCCGGGACACCAUAGACCGGCUUGAUAACUUUUUAGAUAUCUAUGUUAACACAAUAGCAAUUACAGAUGAUACCUGCUUAUGAUAGAUUUUUAAUGUAUAGCUGAUAAGUUGUUGCAAUAUGCGCGCAUUUAGUUGUCAGACUCAUGUGAGUAGCUUCAUUCAAUUAGAGCAAAACGCGUUAUUUAGGUGUAACUGUUUGAGGUCCAACAUUUCUUUAACUUCUUAUCAAAAUCAUAAAAGUUAUUGACGAUUAUCUCACUUAAAGGUUUGUAAAGAAUGCAUUGACUAUCUUUAGUACUUUAAAUAUUUAUACAAAAAUAAUUCUAGAAAUUGAGACGAAUUAUGCUGUCAAAACCUAGAUUUAUUUGAGGAGUAUUAUGUUUCUGUGAUAUAAAAGUUGAUCUUAGAUGAUCAACUGCGACGUGUAUAUUUUUUAGCAAAGUGAUAUUACAGAAGCAUAAUCCUUAUUAAAAUAACCUCUUUUAGUUCCUGUAAUUAUUAUCUAUUUUUACGGAGCAAGUAAAAUGAUAAUUCAAUAUGGAAGAGGUUGACAUGCUAUAUAAUUUUAUAUCAGAAAUGUACAGUUUUACGGAAUUGUGAUUAGAAUAGAUUAAGCUGAUAUAUUACUGUAUUCUUCAGUAGAUAACAUAUAUUUUACAAGAUAGUUAAUUUUUAUUCUUUUACACAGUAAGGAUUUUACUUUUAGAAUACAUAUUUUUAAUGAAUCUUAUCUUUUAUUUUAUGUAUUGAAUUUUUUAUGUAUAAAAUUAUACGAGAUUAAUAGCAUUUAUAAAUUCAAUACUGACACUAUCUGCUGAAUGAUACAGUAAUAUUUCGUGAAAUGUAGAAAGAACAUAAACUAAAAAUAUGUUGCCAGAAGACAACAAACAAUCCAUAUCUCAACCAGUUUCUUGAUGUUCAAAAGUUACUUUUGGUACCUGGUUUUUGCUGCUGGGUUAUUACCCACAGGCACUAGUGCUUAAUUACUUUAUGCUACAGAGCUUAUAAGAGUGUGCUAACCAUUGGUGUAACUAAAAUCUUUGUUUAAGGUGUGCCAGGUCAUAGUUUUACUAUUAGUGUUAACUAUUAAAGUGAGGACUUGAAAAUUUUCAGAAUUUAGAAUUUAAAAAUUAAGAAAUUUGAAAAUUUGUAAACUUGAAAAUAUCUAUUUAUAAUAUGAGCUGUCCUGUAUCCUUAAGGGUAUAUAGGAAAGAUUUAUAUUUUGAGACUGUCCACCAUGGUUUUAAUUUAGUUACGCCAAUGAUGCUACCGUGUUCUUAUGCACUUGACAUACGAGCAAGCACCACUUAGAUAAUAAUCAAUGUUAGUUUUAGGAAACCUUUUAAUUGGGUUGGCGAAUUGUUAUGAUGGUUUGGUUGUACAAACCUACGCUAUUUUACUUUUAUAGCGUGAUAGAAACGCAAAGAAAAUGAACAAAUAUACGCUGUGGUAUAAAAAAGGGAUACAAAAUAAAGAACAAUAUUUUUAA